AUGUGCGCCAAACCCUCUUCCAUUGCCCUUGCGAACCGCUCCAUCACGGGCUCACAGCCAAAUGCGUUAGACUCAACGUCCGACGGAAGAACAGCAAUUGCUCCCAGCAGACAAAGGUCUGCUCCUCGGAGGUGCCUAAAGAGCAGUGGAACCCAAUUCGUCCAGAGACCCCGCCAUCAUCAUCGCCCAGUGUUUCACUCACGAAACCAGUGACGACGUCCGUUUCCCGGCGUCGUCAGUUAAUCCCACAGGGGGUGUCCGUUCGGAGGGCUGCUGCCACUACCUCAAAUGCGAUCCCGAUCCAGGAUAAAAUCAAAAGUGCCUCGUCAAGGAUUUGGGUACUGAGGUGCUGUCGGUCCAUUCUAGAGGGGAAGCCAUCGGAGGCUAGGAGGGGGUUUCUGGAGGGGCUCCAGCAGGGUGAACAUGGCGAGCAGGUCAAGAUCGUGGGAAAGGCGUUGAUGAAAGCAUUGAGGAAGCGGGGGCGGUAUUCCGAGAUCCCCGGCAUAUUCCACCGGAUGCAUGUCGCCGGUCAGAAGCAUGUCGACACCUACGCACUGAAUAUAUGCCUGGAGGCGUACAUUGAGAUGGGCAUGUGCUCCAAAGUUAUCUCAACCUAUCAAUCCCACAGGCCCAGGGUGCAGCCGGACAUACAAACUAUGAGACAUCGAUUGCGGAAUUUCAUCGUGAUGCGGAAAUUGCACAAGGCGGAGAAGCUGCUGCGAGAACUUCUGAGGAAGGGGGGGCCGCCGUGGAUGGCAGAUUCCACUAUGUUUGCAUUACUGCUUGGCGGGGUGAAGAUUAUUAGUGGAUCGUUUCAUAGGAUGGAGAGAAUAUUCAAGUGGAUGAUUGAGUCAAGGGUAAAACUUCACGUCGGUGUGUUCAACGUAUUGAUCGAGGCUGCAAUCAAUGUUGGGAGACUGGACAUAGCGAGGGGAUAUGCGCGGGUGAAGCUGGAACUUGGUAUCAAGCAUAACGCGGGGACCUACGCAAUUUUUCUGGGGGCAUAUGCUCGGGAGCAGAACUGGCAAGGUACGGCAAACGUCCUAAAGGAGAUGGAGAUGAAGAAAGUACAGCUCACGGCGCCCAUGUUUAACAUGCUCUUGAAGACUUACUCUACCCUGAUUGGCCUAGAGGAUCUGGAGAAGUUCUUUGAUGAGAUGGAGAAACGAGGUACAUCGCCAGAUUCGUAUUCCUAUAAUAUUAUGAUCCACUCAUGUGUACGGCAAUGGAACGAGCCCGGUAUAGAGCAUUGGGCUCGUCGAAUGGUGAGUUCUGGGACUGGACCGGAUGCCACAACUCUGAAUACAUUGUUCCAAACCAUUCGCCACACUGGCGAUGCGGUCCCCCCCCUAUUACGAAGGAUUUACGCUAUUAUCCGAGAAAACAAUGACUCCUUAGUCAACCAGCGGACGAAGGACAUGCUCGUGCAUUCGACAUAUCGAGGAUUGCAACGAGUCCGAAUUCGACCCUCGCAAGAACCUGUAGACCAAAGCGGGGAAGAGGUAGCAAUGGACCACGCACUCCAGCACGGACAAUUCACCACAGCAAUCGACAUCUUCCAAAAACACCUCUCAAGAGGCAUCAGGCCCUCCAUCCCCAUCGUGACCUCCGCCAUCCGUGCCAUCCUCUUCCUGCCCAGUCCCAACCUCCCAGAAGCAUACAGACUCCUCCGAAUCUGCGAGGACCGCGGCGUCAAAGUAAGCAAAACCCCUGCCCUCCGAUCCUUCGAAGUCCUCCUCCCGCCACGGAAUACCGACCCUGCAGAAGCCUACCUCACCGUCUCCACCCAGAUCCGUGAAGUAUACACAUUCCUCGAGGCCGCUGAGCUGCCAAUAACCCACGACAUAAGCGUGCACACGGCAUGGCGUCUCAUCCAAGGGGAGAACCCCCGCGCCGCAGUCCUCCUCCUGCACGAGAUCUCGAAAACCCGCUGGGGCACGAAUUUCCCGUGGGAGAAGAAGAGCCUGACAGUGCUCAUGAAGGCGUACAUAGACAUUGGGGAUUCUGCUGGCCUGGACUGGGUCGUGGAUAAGUUGAUCGCCGGUGGGGAAGUGCCGGAUGGUACUGUGUUCAAGUACUUGAAGAGGGCGAUUAAUGUUGCGGCGACCGACCAGGAGAAGACUUUUGUGCAGUGGCUGGAAGCAAAGUGCUCCAAGCAUAAGCUUGCCAUGAGAGAGGAGGCCAAGAGACGAAUGCAUUUUCUGUGGCACUUGGUGAAGGAUUGGAAGAAGACUUGA